UAGACCGUGUGACAGGCUGAAGAAGGUGGGCUCGAGGAACCCCUUUUGGAUCACCGAGGUCUUCACUAAUCCAAUAUGAAGUCUAUCGCUGCCCUUCUUUUGGUGUCCGCGUAUAUGGCGGUGCAGGUGUCCGGUCACGGCCGUCUUAUGAACCCUCCGUGCCGUGCCACCAUGUGGCGAGUCGGAUACGACACUCCACCCGACUACAACGACAACCAGCUCUUCUGCGGUGGAAAGAGCCACCAAUACGAUACCCAGGGCGGCAAGUGCGGUAUCUGUGGUGACGCCUACGAUGAGCCCCAGCCGCGCACACACGAGAUCGGAGGACCCUACUACAAGGGCAUCAUCGUCCGCAACUACGCCGUCGGUCAGGAGAUCAAGGCGACCGUCCAGAUCACGGCCAACCACCUGGGCUUCUUCCAGUUCAAGAUGUGCCCCGUCUCCGGAGAUGUGGAGGCCACGCAGGAAUGUCUGGACAAACACAUUUUGACGGUGGCCGGAACAAACUCGACUGAUUACUACAUCACAGACGAAGUGCGCGACUUCGACGUCACUCUGCAGCUGCCCGAGGACCUCGAGUGCGAACACUGCGUCUUCCAGUGGCGGUACCACGCUGGCAACGACUGGGGAGUCUGCCCGGACGGCACUGGAAGGGACGGCUGCGGACCCCAGGAGGAGUUCUACGGAUGUGCCGAUGUCUCCGUUUCCCGACCCUAGGUCUGAUAAGCUUUGAAGACGAAUAUAAAGAUGUGGAAGAUGCCCUGGAAGGUCAGCAAUGCUUUGUCUAUCAGCCCGUGAGGCCGAUAAUGUGUAAUUCAGAUUCUGUCUUCCGAGACCUCCACCAUGCUGCAGGUUUCAGCGAAACUUCAGCCUAAGCUGUACAGGGUGGAAAGUAAUUACGCGAACAUGUAUUUUCUUACAAUUUCGCCCGUCAGUGGAGAUUUUCUAUGAGCGCGGGCUGUUAUGGAACAUGACUGGUCGUGUUUGUUGUCGCCUCAUCUAACAAAAGUGACCUUACUUUGAAAAAUGACUUGGAAGGUCUACAACACCUCUCGGCUUCGAGUGGUGCUGACGCCAUACGCUGCUCAAGACCAAAAUGGGCAAAGAGCUCAAUUUGAAGUUGCCAGGGAAAGCGUUUGUGAUUAUUUUGGCUGGACUGGUGCGGAAGGGACUCGGAACGGUCUCGGCACCAGUAUUACUCAAUUACACCUUUGGUUGAAGCAUAAUAAAACUUAAGAGGACUUAAAAAGCAAAGCCGAUGGCGGCAGUAAAACCUCGGCGAAUUCAGGCGCCGAAUGGGUGGUCACCAUUUCCGCGACCAAACGACAACAGUCGACCCGAAAACAGGCGAAAUGGCUUACUUUGGCCGGGUACCCGAUCUAAGAUAUCACGAUUCAUACAUAAAUCCGUGAAAAUUCGAAAAUCAAGCCGUACAAACAAUCGAGAUGGCCAAAAUUCAUGAAUUAACAGCAGGAUUGUCAAUUUAAGUUUUCUAAAGACCGCCAAACCUGAACAGAGGAGGACAGGCAGCUGGUUUUGUGGCUGGGUGAGACAUCUUCGAAGCUUUUUCAUCCGUCAAACCUGCAGAACAACGCGUUGGGGGCUGCUGAUGCGUCCGACGUCCCGCCCGUCCCAACCUUCAAACAUCCGGCAAAGGAACACUCAUCAGCGUGUUAUGAGCGCCCGGAUGGUGUCAAAAUUGCAUGUAGUGACCAACAAGGCCACCAAAAAUAAAGUAUACAACUAGUGGAACAUCCUUCCAGACGAGUCUCUUUAUCUAAUCCAGCAAUGCACCAAAAGGGGCCAAAUGAUUGAGCGCACUUUUGUGCCCGACGCAAAGAAACUCUUCUUCAUGAUUGAUAAAGUCCUUCCUCUCACGGCCAAAAAGACGCAAGACUGGUGCUUUGAGAACCCGUUCUUCUUCUGGGUAUAUAAUGGUCAAUCUGGGAAUAGCCCAGACCCCAAUUUGAUCAAAAAUAUCCAGGCGACUCUUCAGGAGAGCGUCUAAGAGCUGCUAGUAGCCACCAACAUCGAUUGCCUCACCAGACAGCUCCAGGAGGCGUGGACUAAGCUUUGGCCAACAGAGCUUGACAUGCUCAUGUCAAUUAUGCCUGAACGCCUUUGUCAGUGUAUCGCACAUAAAUAGGAAUAUAUGAAAAGAUGAAAUUUUCAUGUUACCGCCGCUUUUUCCAUUGCUAUAAGACGAAAAAGUAUGUUCGCGUAAUUACUUUCCACCCUGUACCCGUAGCGGCGGUUUACGACUCAGGGAAUCAAGAGUGGGCAUAGAGGCUGCAUUUAUUUGUAUGUAAUUUGUGUAAAUGUUUCAGAAACUGUGCCUCAACGAUUGCAUGGUUAGCUUGAUAUUUCAAAUAUACCUACACAUAAUGGG